AUGUCUUUCUCUUCAUCGUCAUCGUCAUCGUCGUUGUCGUCAUCACCUCCAUCAUCUAGCAGACAAACACUAGAUAGUUUGAGCAGUGAGGCUGUGAAGAAAACCAAAAUCGUAAGUAGACUACUUAAAACACAACAAGAUUUCAAAAUUCACACUCGUUUACUUAAAAAAAACAUCAAACUUAUUAGUAGUGCUUUGAAAAAUAAAUCCAGUAUACAUAGUUACCAUAAAGUUGAAUCUAAUUUGGCUAUUUUAAAUUACUACUUACAAAUGUAUAAAUUUAAUUCCAAAACUAAUAAAAGUUUAAAUAAAAGAAAAUUAGUUUGGCAGGAUUUGGAUUCUUGUUUCAAUGGGCGAAUCAAAACUGGAAUUAUUAAUAAUUUGAAAUUUAAAGAACCUCAAGAAUUUUUAAAACGAACAUUUCGGGUCUUCUCUUUACGAAUUAAAAAGGAACUGAAAAAUUCUUUGCUUAAAUUGCACAGCAGCUGCGAUAUUCCAAACAAGAGAAAGUUUGAAGAACUGAGAAAAUCAAUAGUUACAUAUCAUGCCAACAAAUGCUUCUACAAUUAUCAAAGCCAACCAUGGGAUGAGGAGGGCCAUAUGAAAAUGCAUGAAGAUAUGUCCAAGGCUGAAAAUUAUGAUGCGGCUACAAGAAAAUAUUGGAGUCGCAUUCAAGAUGAAACUAACUACAACAAGAUUUAUUUCAAUCAAUACAAGAAUGUUCAAAAUACCAAUAAAAGAUUUAAAAACUAUUCAAAAAACAAAUUAAAUGAUAUCGAAAUUGUAAAACAAUUAACCGAAGAAGACAUUAUUUUAUUAAUGCAAAAUAUUCUAGGCGACAAAAUACGCUUAAGGCGCCAAAUUGAGCUUCUUAAGCAACAGCUUGAAAAGUCUGUUGAUCUUGAGGUUCUUGAGCCUGAUGCUCGACCUGCUCCUAACGUUCAAAAUUCCAUGAUUUUACCAGUGAUUUUACCCCAACCUUCACCAUCAACUUCGACACAAUCAACCCUCACAUGGGAUUCCAAUUUUAUUAUUGCAUCGCCAGCAUCGAUGGUUUCAUCACUUUCAAAAAAACUCAAUUUAAAAGAACUUUUCUCAAGAGGCGACCUUAUUGAGGUAGCUCUAAUGCAAAAAUGCAAAGUGAAGCCUUUGUCUAAUUCUGACAGAGACAGAAUUUCAGACAUUGUCAUAUCACACUGUAUGAAUAUAGAAGUUUCAAAAGAUGCGAAGGACAGCCAAAUAUGGCUAAAAAAUAAUCCAGAAAUGUCUUCAAAGACAAUUUUGCAACACUGGUAUCAGUCCUAUCCUGUGAGAAAAUUAAAUCCUCACACGCCGAUUGAGAAAUAUCUAGAAGAUUGGCCAAUAUUAAAAGUGCAGAUAACCCCAAAACUGACGGCAGUUGAACAGAGCCAAGAACUUGUAAAUAAUAUCUUUAAUGUCGUUAUGACCGAAGUAAGUGAUUUAAAUAAAAAUGAUACUCAGGCUGAUGAUGUUCUCAACAAUUUAAAUAAUAUUUUCAAAGAUAAGACCUUUGAAAAUUUGAGGCUACAAUUUUUUGAAAACUCUUCAUCCUUUAUACGCCCUGAAGAAGUCAAAAUUGGUACGUUUACUCCUUUAUCUAAUUUUAGUUCAACAAAACCACCAGAUUUUGAUAUAAAAGAUGCAAAGUAUCAAAAAAUUUGUAUUAAACAAAAGUUUGAACGAUUUUUGGAGUUACCAAAUGUCUAUCACACCAUUUCCCAAUUUAUACAUGAAGAAAUGAGCUCAGAAAAUAUUAUAACUAGUAUUUAUCAAGGUAAUUUGUGGAAAAAAUUACAGGUUAAAUUUGGCAAAAAAAAUGGGUUUCCCUUGUUACUAUUCUUUGAUGACUUAGAAACAUGUAGUGCAUUAGGCUCUAGAGCUGGUUUGUAUAAAGUUGGCACUAUUUACAUAUAG